AUGCCUGAGGAUUACGCUUCCAGGGCGCGCGACACAGGUGGCUACCGUCGUCGCAGUCGUAGUCCACCACCAGCAUACUCGCGCCUACCGGGCUCGAACGAUCUGAGACCAAAAGACGGCGAGUACUACCGGUCGAGAGAGGAUGCUCUAAGUCCGUCAAGAAGCCUCAACUACGACAAUGACGGCGAAUAUCGCGAAGGCGGCGGAGACAAUGACGGAGAUAGAGGCAGGCCAGACAGAGGAGGUGGUAACAGAUACGGCGGCGCUCAUCGGGGAGACUGGGGCAGACACGGCGGCGGUGAUGGUGGUGGUGGUGGUGGAGGAAGACACUACGACGUCGACGAUUACCGAGGACGUGGUCGAGGGACAAGUCCAAGCGGUCGCCAUAACGGAGGGUAUAGGGAAGGUCAAUCUUCCAGGCGACACAACGAUGCGCCCGCGCCCGCGCCUGGAGGCAAGAUUAUAGUUCUCCAAGGUAUUCCAGAGGACGCCACCGAACGCGAUGUUCUCUACGGCCUCAAUCUCGUCACUCAAGAUCCGCACAUGUCUACCGACCAGAUCAAGAUCGUUCGAUUCCGAUACGACAGCGCCGGCCGCCGCCUUGCGGUCGUCGAGUUCAAACGACGCGCGGAUGCAGAGACCUUCAUGGAACAGUAUCAUCCCGAUGUAUCGUUCCCUCUCGAGCACACCCGUGGUGCCAACUCGGAAUAUAUUACCCUGGAUAUCUUCUUCGAAAGGAAUCGUAGUGACAUGGACGACUUUCGUGGAGACGAUGAGGACUGGGACUGCUUCAAGUGCGGUGCAGUUAACUUCUCAUACCGUGCUGCGUGUUUCAAAUGCAAGACAGAGAGAUCUGAUGAUGCCAGUUACGGCUACGGUUAUGGGGGCCCAUCAGCGGGUCCUCUCCUAACAGGAGAAACCGACGAAGAUCCUCAGCAAAUGCCGUCACAGUAUCUCGUAAUCAGAGGUCUGGAGGCGUCAGUGACCGAGGAAGUUCUCGCCAGGGGCGUCAUGAAGCUGUUCCGCGAAGAGACGACAAAGGCGCCUACCGGUACCCACAAAUUGAAGUCGACAGCGCCGGGCAGCAACACUGCAAAUCUGGGCGCAAAACCCGGUAGUCUACGCCGCGUCUUUCUGAUACGGAACCGGAAGAGCAAUGAGUCGUGGAGAUAUGGUUUUGCCGAGUUUGCGACGGUUGAAGACACCAAGAGUGCAGUCGCAAAAUUUCGCAAUUCCCCUAGGUUCACAAUUGCGUCCAGAGCGGUUGUUGUUUCGUUCAUUCACACGGGUGUCUUCAUUCCGGCCUUUGAGGUUGGCCCGGACGAGGAUCCACGCUUUUCCUUCCAGCCCAUUUACAACCCUACUAUUCGAUUAAAGUACUGGGACGAACGUGUUUAUCCUAGCAUCCAUGUUGUCUCGGUUGAACCUAAAUCUGAGCCUGAAGGCGCAGACAAGUCUUCCUACCAGAAAGAUGGCAGCGCUACGGACAAUCCUCUUACCCGUCAGGCUAGCCUUUUGAAGAAAUUCAAGAAGAAAGAGCCUGCUCCUGGCGAGAAGGGCAUCGCAAUGGCGCCUCAAAUGCAGAUGUGGGCAAAGAAGGCAGCGGAACUACAUGGAAAGAAGCUGGCUGCUGCUGGAGGGGGUUUGGGUACUGCAGGAUUGGAGGCGGACGACGAGGACCAAGAGCCAGAUGGACCUUUGAAUCCCCACUGGACUGAUCAGUACCUCUCAUAUGCCGACUGGGACCGCAUGAUAUGCCUUCUUUGCAACUGGAAGGUCCCUUCGCAAGAAACCAUCAACAAUCACGGACACAUCCCCUACACACGGGAGGACCUCCUCAUCAGCCACGAAGUUAUCGUUCACAACCACUUUAAAGACCCAGAAACCAAAGAAAAGGCCGCCGCCAAGCUCGUCUCGCUCGGUAACGAGCCCCGAUCCAUCGCCCGCCGCACCCCUCGCCUCAAGCACGACGCCCCGCCUGUCUACACUUCGUACGCCGACUUCGACGCCCUCUACUGCCACCUCUGCCACCGCGCCUUCAAGCACGCUGAAACUGUAUGGCGCCACGAGCAGGAAAGCGAGCUGCACAAGCGCAUGCUUUCCGACGCUCAGGCCAAGGAGCGCGCCGUCGCCGAGUUGGCCGCAAAGGGCAAGGUGCUGCUCACUAUGGUCCCCGAUAAGAAGCUCCGUCGGGAGGAACAGCGCACGCAGCGGUACCGCGACAGGGCAAUGGAACGCCGGCAGGCAUUCCUGCAGCCCAACAAGCCAGGUGGUCAAUUGUCGAAGCAAAUGCUUGCUGGGCUAGGCGCAUCCGUUUCUGCUGGUGGAGACAAGCGCAAGGAACAGCAACAGCAACAACAACUACAGCAUGCAGCUGAUGAUGAGGCGGCAGCAGCAGCGAAGAAGUCCAAGGGCGCGGGCAUGUUAGCCAAGAUGGGCUGGACUACUGGCGCAGGUCUGGGUGCUGAAGGCACGGGACGCACACAGGCCAUCGCGACGGAGGCGUAUGCGCCUGGUGUUGGACUGGGUGCGGAGGGAGGCAAGUUGGGCGAUGCGAGUGAGGAGGCAGCGAGGAGGACGAAGGGGCAAUUUUCGGACUUUGUGGAGAAGACAAGGGAUAAGGCUAGAGAGAGAUUCGAGAAGUUGCAGGAGUAAUAGCUUGCGGUGUAGUUCAUGAACGACUAUGGGGGUCCCGCCGCUAGCCGGCUCUUCAGUUGCUCAACAAUUAGUUCACUUGCUUGAAUGACAUUUUAUACCCGGA